AUGAGAGCAAUCGUCCUCGUGCCCCACGUCGUUCCAAGUGUUCUUUCUGCAUCUACCCUCCUGAACGGGCCCGGCAUUGGCCUGUGACGUACGUUGGAUUCUAUUUAUUGGGAUUGUUUCAUUGUCCCCAAGGUAGACGACCCCCCGCCUCUUCACGUCCGACGGAUCCUUCGUUAGUCUCCCCCCCCCGAACAGGCUCGGCUUUGGCUUGGGCUAAAUUUAUUUGUUCGGUUUUUCUUUUCCGUCUUACGAUUUUUCUCUGAAUUGAAGAUUUUUGUAUCGCUCUGGAGUUGUUUGGAAGAGACUUUUCAGCCUAUGUUCUUUUCUUUUUUUUCUUCAAGAUAUCGGAUUGAAUCUGCGAUCUUCGUCCGGAAGAGGAGAUCCUAUGGUUGAAGCCGACGUUUUCUUAACGCCGGCAACAGAUUCCACCGCGCCUUGUUAUGCAAGGAAGCGGAUCCACUGCUUGGGCUCUACGGAGUAUGAAUCAGCAGGCAACUCACCGAGGAAGAAUCAGAUCGUAGAGGGCGUGCACGGUGAAUUGACGAAAUACGAAUGCCGGGAGUGUAGGUUCCAAGCCACGGAUAGUGAUGCCGUGUCUGUUAUCGGUCAUCUAUCUUCGGAAGAAGGGAGCGGAUCUGAACUGGAGAAUCCUAUGGAAGACGGUUCCACAGCGCCCAGAUUCGUCGCAUUGGGUGUCAAUGCCGGCGACCAGGAAGAUAUAUGCGAGAAGAAGACCAAUUCCGAGGACAAUGGGGAUGAAAAUUCUGAUACACCGGAGAGCGAAAAAACAGGCAUCAGAAACUAUAGUAAGGGUAAGAAGAGACCGAGAGUGUUAAAGACCGCUCAUGUUUCCAGCGUGAAGAGCCUGCUUUCAACGGGCCUUUUGGAAGGACUUCCGGUCAAGUAUAGCUUCAGUAAGCACAAGGUGAAAGAAGAGCUUUUCCUUUUUCUUGUAUGGUAAAUCAAUAGUUUUCUUUAUUUUUUUUGGUUUCUGAUGCCUGUCAGGUGGAGAUUCCAGGUCUUAUCAAAGACCUUGGUUAUUUAUGUGGCUGCUCUUCAUGCAACCAUACUAGGGUAAGUACCCCAAUUCCCUUAAUUCCUUGGCACUACUUACCGGUAUCGACAAUGACAUUCAAAAACUGAUCUUGUCAUUCGAAAUAUCCAGCAGCUCAUAAGAACUUUUCAUUCAAUUUACAGGCUUCAGUACAGUUGUAUCAAAUAUUCAACUCUAACUUGUUCCAAACAUUUUUUGUGUUGUUUAUGCAUUUCAUCGUCUUCAGGUUUUCAUAAAACGAUGUGUUUAGCUUAAGAUCCCCUUCCUUUCUAUGAAAAAAUUUGUUAAUGACAACUCAUCACAGGUUCUUUCUGCCCUUGAGUUUGAAAAGCAUUCUGGGGUCACCUCAAAGAACCAAACUAAUCACAUAUUCUUGAACAAUGGGAAAAGUCUUUAUCGCGUAGUCAAAGAACUGGCAAAAUAUCACUUAGGUUCUUUGGAGAGUGUCAUUGAGAGCAUAAUUGGCUGCACACCCAAUUGGAGAUGCUAUAAGGCGUGGAAAGGUGACACAGAUUGCUUUAUCUGUCAAGCUGCACGCAUUUGAGAUUUUCUUCUCCAUUGAUGUACGUUGUUUUCCAGAAUCAUUUCAGGAAGGAAACCAUGAAUUCCAGGACAGAAACCUAAUUGGAAAGGCAAAGAAGCGCUCGGAUCAUGAGACUUUUACCAUCUCUCAGAUCGUUUCAAGGUAACUACCCCGGUGUGUAAGCCUCCCCAGAGAACUUAUCCCCCUUGUGACGGGUUUGAUUGUACGCCACCAAUGUUUACCUCCAGUGGUCAAUUUUCUGAGUUUUUUCUUCUUUUGUGCAUCAAACAUCCUGGGUGUAACUCGAAAUACUAUCAUACUGUGUACAUUUCUUGAAAGCAAUGAUAUUGUUAGCCAAACUGUAUAUUUUCAUUGUUUAUGUUUUCAAGUUCGAUUAGUGUAAAGAGUGCAGGUAAAUGUUCAGUUGUAUGGGCAUCGCCCUUAGCUUCUUGAAGUUUUGCGUGAAAAGGGAGCCCGAACACUUUUGAAGUGCUAAAAAAGACAGUUCUUUCAUCGUCAGGAAACUAUCCUAUCCUGAAUGAAAGACGCUGUCUUGCCUCUUUAUUUUUAUACUACGCGUUGACAUCUUAUUUGGUAUCUUGAUUGAUUUCAUUUUUGUUUCUAAGAGAGAAAUUUAUGAUAAUUACUUAGAAAUUACGACAUUUUUUUAUAGGAAGAUAUGUAAUAACUCCUACCCACAACUUAUCAUUUCUUUGUAUUUGUCCGUUCAUAUCCUGGAGCUGUGUGAUUAGACCAGUGUAGGUAGGAAAUCAAGAGAAGAACAAGAUCUUUUGCGAAUUUUCUUUCUGAGCGUAAGGACAAUGUUUAUAAUCACUACAUCAUUCACAAAGGAGGAUUUCUGACUUCCUCAUGCCAAUCACAACCGUGAAUAGCUACCCAGUGGGGGUGAAUGGUAUAAUUGUUGCUGCCAACACUGCAUCCGUAGACAAUUACUGCGAAGCUUCCUCAGACGAGCUUUUGCCCCCUAAGUAUACGAUUCAUUAGUUCCACAAGAUAUCUACAAAGUGUGAACAAAAUAUACAAUAAGCACCUUUACACUGAGGGGAAUCAAUGGGUAGAAAGUAAUCUCGAUUGUACAGUUAUUGCUUCCCAACAAGAGAGCAACAGUCCAAAAAUAAUCUUAGACAUCAGAAAAAGUAUAAGGGUGUGGGGGGAAAGGUCUGAUUUAUAAACAUGUGAUCCUGGAUAAAAAUUGACAGAGACUCAUUUAAAAACCUAAACUGAAUGCUAACCAUUUAAAAAAUAAUAAAUUGAAUUUAUCUUUAAUCCUCUACCAGGUUUAAAUUUGUUCACUGGUAGAUCGGUUCUAGAAUCUUUUCGUGGGGUUUCAUAAAUUAUCUAAGUUUCUAUACUCAGAUGUGGUUGACGUAUGCCCAUCGACCUGAUCAAAGAAAAUCCAAAACAUGUUCAUGUGGCUUUAUAUUCUUUUUACCCAGCAAUAUAUCAUUACACGGCAUUAAUGUUUUUCGAAGAGUUACUGCUGUUCUCUCAAAGAAACUAUUGUUUCUAUAGGUCAUUAAAAAAAUUAACAGAAUGAAUCUUAAUAAAGCUAUCUAUUUCUCUAUUUAUCAAUGUAUUAUACUAUUUCAACUUGAAACAGGUCGGCUCCAGCCUGAGAUAUCCAUCAGUGAUCCUCCUUAACAGGAUAGAGAUAACUCGCAUUUAACGUAUCCUUUGUUCUGCCCAUUGCUGCAUGGAAUGCUAACUCAGUACAGUACUCUGUAAUGUAGAGUUUGUUGCGUUAUUACAUUCGGUCUGCAUGUCUUGAUGAUUUAUUGUAUGUGAAGAUGACAGAAUCUCAUAGAAUAAUUUAGCUCAGAAUUAAAUUCAGAGAUAAAAAAAGACGCCAGUUGUGUUUCAAGAUGUCUCAAAAACCGGCUCUUAUGGUUUGACACUGUCACUGGCAUCAAUUCACCUUUUAGUUCAUUGACACGAGGCAUUUCGUGAGAAAAGGCAUUAUCCGAACAGUUCGCACAAAUCACAGAGUUUUCAUUUAGAAGAUGGAAGAAAAUGUGCGUCAAAGAUGUGUGUAUCCCUUUCUGUUUACGUAGGUAUUGUUUUAAGCUAAGGUAGAUUAAAUUAUUUUAAAAUCAUUAAAUACAGGUUUUUUGACUUCUGGCAUAAAACUUUAAGAUUCAUCUUCGGUCAUCAGUUUGACUUCAAAACUCUUCUGCCUGUUUAGCUUAUUUGCAUUAGUUCCAACUUGCAGGUCAAAAUUACCAGAAUCACCUGAUCUUCUUAUGAUGCCGGAUUCCCUUUCCUGCCCCAACGUCAAACCAAAUCGUUCUACUCAGCGUAGUGCUAAGAAAAGGUUCAAAAGGUAACUUUUUAUGUAGUAAACGUCUUCCCAUCUAUUGUUUAAUAAUGUCUGAGCUUUUCUCGUGCUGAACUAAGUUCCACUACGAUUUUGAUCAACUUUUUCUUUUCUCUUUCAUCUUUUUCAAGGGGCACAGAUUUGCACCGCUUGAUUUUUCUGGAAAAUGGUCUGCCUGAUGGAGCUGAACUGGCUUACUGCGUCAGAGGGCAGGUUUGUCUGAUUUGAAUUGCCACCAUUUACAGAAUAAACUAUGAAGGCUUUUAAAAGGGUACUCUUAUCCUUGCAGAUAGUACUUAAAGGUCAUAAAAUGGGGAAUGGUAUAGCAUGUCAUUGCUGCAACGGGGAGGUAACCCCAUUCAUCUCGUGCAUAUUAUGAUGGAUUGGAAACUGAUUGUCCGUUUUUCUUUAUUGAUCAGAUUAGUCCCUCACAGUUUGAAGCUCAUGCUGGAUGGGCAUCAAGACGUCAACCGUAAGUAUAUUUAACAUCAUGCUGUAUACUUAAAUGGAUAAAUAAAUGAGAGACUAAUGUAGAAGAUACUCGUUGCAAUGAUGUGCCAAUAAUUUUGUCAUUCCACUGACCGGAAAUGGAUAGUACAUAAAUCGCACCUUUCCCAUCUACCUGGGAAUACAAUAUUUUCAAUAGUUUAGACGUCAAAUAUAUGGCACUGGUAUCGGAAAGUAACUAUUCAUUAUGCAAGCUCGACCAACACCUUAGCUUGGGCAAGAAUACUGAUAUUAGCGCAAGAUGGUCCUCUUUCAACUGAAACUAUCUGCUUUUUUGCAGCUAUCACAAUAUCUUCACUUCCAACAGUGUGUCUCUACAUGAUUUAUCUAUUUCUCUUUCAAAAGGUCGCCAUUUAACCGCCAUCUCCAGUGACAAUGAUUGUGCAGUUUGUGGAGAUGGAGGAGAACUGAUCCUCUGCAGUAAAUGCCCUAAGGCCUUUCAUAUAGGUAUGUAUGUUUCAUCUCAUAUCUCCAUUUGUAUUGAAAUUUCCACUUCCCUAUAAUAACUUUUUCCCAACAGCAUGCGUUGUUGGUUGCUGCUGGGUUUUUUCUUCCAUAGAUUAAUUAUUCACUAUUUCACAUAGUUCAUCUGAGCAACUAUAGAACUAGUGACUUCGUCUAUUUACAUAUCUUGAGACAAGUAUCCUUUUCAUAGAUCUUUAAAAUUAACUGUUAUCGAUCCCUAACCCUGAUAAAAGAUAAUUGUUCCUUUUUUUCUUUGCUUUUCCAUUAUGAGGACUUUUAUCAGUCGUAUUAUCAUUAGUGCUAAUUCCGGUAACUAAUCUAUAUGUCUGAUCUGAAUAUUGAGCUUUCACCUGACGGAUCCAUAUGUUAAUGUCAUGGAUGAUGCUGUGCAUAGCAUACCUCAAUACCUUUAUCCUUUUUAUCGUGGUUGAAGAUUAGAUAAUCUUAUGGCCUUGUUAUCCUAAGUCAGUGGGAAAAUUAAUUUGUUAGUCUCAGGCAAUCCUUGAAACUAUAUCCCAUUUUUCUAUCAAGCCAAAGAUCUCAGUGCAGUCAUAACAAUUUAAUGGUGUAAACUAUCUGAGAAUCUAAUCUUAGUAGUAUACAACCUAAAACCAUGUUUCCUGAACUAAGCACCUUCAAUGUGGGUGGAACAUACCUGAAGCCGGUUGAUAGGGUUGUAUGACUCAUGAGUUUGGUCUGGGUUAUGCGGUAAGUGGAAUCGUCUCAGAGAUUCCAAUAGAGUUCCAAAAGAAAUGCGGCUGAUGCAAAUGGAAAAUAACUUUUAUUCAUAAAUAUCUAUGUUGAAGAAAAUAUCUUCAUCAAAGUAGAAGCUAAAAUAUCCUAAAAUGAUGCCAUUUUUUUUUAUAUCGAUCUAUGUCAAAUAUUUUCAGUGGGGGGAUUCGAAUGUUCUUUUAUUCUAAUUUGGCUGCGAUGAAAUACCCUAUGUUAGACAGUCUCGGUGUAUCCAAUACAUGAAGACACAACCCAUGGAGAUGUCUGAACACGGUGCAGUGUUGAAGCAUAACUCGUAAGCCUGUUUUUUAGUUAACGGAAUGUUAGCCACAACUCACUAUAUCGUCCCCGACAUUCAUGCUUCAGCUGAUUAUAGCGUUGCUUUUGGUUCACCUUUUCUCUUCUUUAAUGUCGAGGAUGCGGUUUCUGUGUUUCUACUGUCGCUGAUGUUCAGUGAUUACGGCCUGUAAGUGGUAAAUGAUAACAGGAAAAUAUCAAGCAUCAUAAACUCAAGAUGGUUCGUGAACAUAGUCCCAUUGUCGAUAAUGGCCAUCAUGAUCCAAGGGCAAAACAAUAAGAACAGAGGAAAAAUAAGUAUUAUCUGGUACCUCUGAGUGUUUCGCGUUGCCCUUUUUUUAAAACCUUUUUUGAUAUCUUCCUUUCCAUGGACCUAAGACUGGAAUUUCCAGAAUUAACCGAUGACUAACCAAAAAGGAUAUGAUUUCUGUGAAAAUUAUCGGCUGAGUAAAUAUUUAUUAUUUUUAGCAUAUUUAUUAGAGGCAAUUAUAGCCGUAAGUUCUUUACUGUCUCAUCUGCGUACCGUCACUUAUGCUUUGUUGUCUUGGGGCAGAAAUUUGGUUGGUGUUAUUGUAUUUACUCAAGGAACAUGGACUCUUUUGGCAUAUAAUUUGGUUCGAUGUCCUUCCUACUUGCUUUUUGCUGUCCACCUUAACUAAGGAUUUUCUAAAGACUUGGUCCGAAGACUUCUGGCACCCACUGAAUGCCAGUUGGAUCUAGAUAUUUGGCAAAAGCAUAGAGAUUGGUGUCGUUGAUUCAUUGAGUCACUUGAAAUUGAAGAACGUGUGAUACCAUGCAUUGACAGCUUUUGAUUAUUCACUUCUUUUGGGGAUCAUCCACGAGAUGGCCACUUAGUAGGAAAGGUUCGGGGUUGAUUGACCAAUUUAAAGUAUCUUCAAAUUGUUGACAUGUGGACCAAAGGAACACUGUGCAGAUACUUCAUAUUUCUUGUGUCUCUUCAGUGGCGUUCUCUGUCAUUAUUCUCUAUGAUAGUGAAAUCUGUUUACAUUGGCGUUUUCAGUUUGCUUAGGAUUAGACGACACACCACAUGGUGAGUGGCAUUGUUCUUACUGCAAUGAUGAAAUUAUCUCUGGAGUGGCUUCCAGCGAUGCAAAACUGGCUGUUCGAGUUGGCAGGGUAAUCGAGACGCCCACAACUGAAAGCGGUUGCUGCUACAUUUGCAGGUACGUUUAGUUAGUAAUUUACAACAAUACAACGUUGAGAGACUUUAGGAUGAGGCAUCAUCUGAUGUGUUUUGAUUUGCACGGCAUUCAGAGACGGUCAUUUUAGCUGCGUAGAUACAUUCAAUGAUGAAACAGUUUUGAUCUGCGAUCAAGUAUGUUAUAUCUCCUCAUUCUUCUCUUUCUACUCUGCCCGUCCCAAAAUCCUUUUGUAUAAACCAUAUAACAGCUUAUUUUAAAUUUAUAGUGUGAAAAGGAGUAUCAUGUUCGCUGCCUGAGAGAAAGUGGCAUGUGCGACUUGCGGGUAACUUACUCUACAGAGAAUGGCUUCCUAAAUUCGUGAAUAGUAUUGUAUCUUUUAACACCAUAUGGAUUUGUUUUACGCGUCAGGCCCUGCCCAAAGACAACUGGUUUUGUCACAGCGAUUGCAUGACCAUUUAUGCUACUCUUCAAAGCAUUAUCUUCAAUGGAGCUAAGAUCGUUCCAGAAACGCUAUCAAAUCAGUUGAACGAGAAGCCUCAACAAAACGGUUUAACGAUCAACGCCGGAUUUGAUGUGAGAUGGCAACUACUCAGUGGAAAAACAGGAUCAUCUGAGAACAAAUUUCUGCUUUCAAAGGCUUUUGAGAUUUUCCGCGUAAGUCCUGUUGAACUCGCCAUGAUUUUCUCUAGAUCACUUCCCAGGAACUCUGAAGGAACGCUACAAUAGUAUACUUUUGGUUGGUCCAACCAUGGUAAACCACUUUAGAAUUCUCCAUGUUUAUGUUUGAGUUGUUAAAAUUCUUUAGCUUGCCACUUUUUAUACCGUGUUUCCAUGUUUUGUGAAAUAUUUCCAUAUUUUAUACCAUCUGUUUCACCAAUCCUAUAACGUGUCUUUUUUUCUCUUUUAGUAAAAGUAAAAGAAACAUUUCAUGUCUCUGCCUGCCUCAUGUCUGCUAUCAGACUGUACAUACCCAUAAUCUCUCGAAGGCCCUGGAAUCGAAGGGCAUUAAUUUUUAUCGCUAGAAAGGGGGGCAAACUGGACACAGCUGGAGCUGGUGUAUAAACUUCCCAAGGACUGAUUAUUGUGUGAAGAUCCAGGUGAUCCCUACUAGGCCCGGGUUUGUUCAUUAGCAUAGUAGCAUUCAAAUAGUUGAGGGUUAUGGUACGUUAGGUGUGCUGCACGUAUUCUGGAUGAAGGGGCACAAGAGAUGGUGGCUGCUCUGUAAUCUUCAGCACCCUCAGAUAGAGAAGAGAGACUGUAAAGUAAGAAAGAGUCUUAUCAACGGGCAUAGAGUUUUCAAUUGUUUUAAUCUGCAGUAUUCACGAAAAACUAAAGUCGCGGGCAUUGAGGCAUUUGUCAUUACUGUCGUUUGGCAGCUUUAUAUCAGACGUGUGGAGUAAGAGGAGACAAAUAUUUUUCACGCUUCAUUUCUAUCCUUCUGGUUUUGUGCGGAAAAAUUCGCAUGUGCAUGUCUGCUUUACAGAUUCAUUUUAUCCCAUAUUUGCCAUUUGGAUUCAUCUCAACCCCUGCAACUAGAUUUAUUGUACUCAUCUAUCCCUGCCUUCACCUGUCCCUCUCAGAAUGGCUUUGAUCCCAUAAUUGAACGGUCGGGUCGUGAUCUCUUACCCGCAAUGGUCCAUGGGUAAGCAACAGUUUCUGACAUAAAGAGCUCUACUUUGUAUUCCUUCAGAGGAUAUAAAAUCUCUGGCUAGAUUUAUGUGGACCUUCUCUGGGAUUUCUGGCAGAUUUGUCUAAAUUUAUAUUUUUGACAUCAUGCAGUAGAAAUAUGGGUGGCCACGAACUUGGAGGGAUGUACUGUGCAAUACUGACUAUAAAGUGGGUUUGCCUAACUUGUUUCUUCUUCUUCCUCUUCUUCUCAACUAAUUUUUUUUUAUAAACUGUCAUGUGGCAAGUAAUCGCCUGAUUCAAUUUUUUUGGGGGGUCUAGAUCGGUGGUUGUAUCCGCUGGGAUUCUCAGAGUGCUUGGCAAAGAAGCUGCGGAGCUGCCCCUAGCUGCCACGAGCCAAGAAAAUCAGGGAAGGGUAGGUCGCUUCUGACUGCUAGCUAUCAAGAUUCGUGAUUAUUCUGCUUCACAUUUGGCAAAAAAAAAAAAAAAAAAAAAUCUAAUUAGGCCUUGGAUCUUGUGAAUAACUUGACGGUUCCUAUGCCCAUAGCCAGAUUUGAUUAUGAACAGUUUCGUUUUGUACAUCUAAUAGAGAAGAGUCUAUCUUGGAUCUGACGAGCUUCCUAAAAGAAAUCCACUUGAGGAAUCUUUUUCAAGAAAGUCUAGCACUGACUACAACAUCUGAUUUAUUUAUUUAUUUUUAUUUUUUGAAAAUGGGAUUUUCUCCAAAUGUAUGCCUGACUGGGUUUUUCCGUUCUUGAACAGAAAUAUUUUAUUAUUAUUUUUACCCAGUUAUAUAAAGUUAAACCAGUUUCUCAUGAUUUUUAUUUCUCUCUAAUUUACCCACAUUGAUUGUUUUAUUUAUCUGGAUAAUCGUUUAACCAUUGCUUCUUAAACUAAACACAGGGUUUCUUCAGAUGUCUCCUAUCAUGCAUCGAGCUGCUUUUGCACGACCUAAAUGUGAAAACAUUGGUACUUCCGGCCACUGA